CCUCCCUCUCUCUCUCUCUCUCUCUCUCUCUCUCUCUCUCUCUCUGUCUGUCUCAUUAGCUAUCCGUCGUUAUUAGGAGUCAGAGUGCUGUUAAUAAACAGGAUAAACAUUGCUAUUUAUUUACAGCAGCUAUGUCGAGUCUUCAGCAGUCUGAGCCAUUUUCAUAACUUAGUCAUUGUGUUGAAGAAAGAAAGAAAGAAAGUAGUUUCCAGGGCACUGAGCAAAACCGAAAAGGAUCCAUAAGCUUUUUAAAAGAUCUAGUUAUGGAGCAGUCUCAGUGGUGGAGACACAUAGUCUUGUUCUUUCUUGGCAUUUGGUUUCCAUCAUGCUUUACUCAGACCACAUCCACUGUGCGCCCAAGUCCCACUCCAACAGUCCCAACAGCCAAGUCACCUGAGCAUCUAAAGUUUCGACUGGCUGGUCAUCCACGGAAGCACAAUGAGGGUCGAAUUGAGGUUUUCUAUAAGGGCGAAUGGGGAACCAUCUGUGAUGACGACUUUUCACUGGCCAAUGCUCAUGUGCUCUGUCGUCAGCUCGGGUUUGUCUCUGCUACAGGCUGGGCUCACAGCGCCAAGUAUGGAAAGGGCACAGGUAAGAUCUGGUUAGAUAACGUGCAGUGCAGUGGCAGUGAGAGGAGUAUCUCAGUCUGUAAGUCACGUGGAUGGGGCAGCAGUGACUGCACUCAUGAUGAAGAUGCUGGGGUGGUCUGUAAGGAUGAGAGGCUGUCAGGAUUUGUUGACUCCAACAUCAUAGAGGUGCAGGUGGAUGAAAGGAAUGUGGAGGAGGUGCGUCUCCGACCGGUGGUAUCCAGCAAGCGGCUGCCAGUGAUAGAGGGAGUGGUGGAAGUGAAGUAUAAAAACAGCUGGACCCAAAUUUGCGAUAAUGGCUGGACACCUAAAAACUCAAGAGUUGUUUGUGGCAUGAUGGGUUUCCCCCAUGAGAGGAAGUUCAACAGGAACUUCUACAAACUGUAUGCAGCCCGGCAGAAGAAUUACUUCCUGGUUCACUCUGUGGCAUGUUUAGGCACAGAGAUUCACCUAGCUGCCUGUCCUCUGGAGUUCAGCCAGGCCAAUGCUACUGAAAGCUGCCCAGAUGGCAUGCCUGCUGUCGUCAGCUGUGUCCCUGGACCAGAGUAUACCCAAAACCGUGCCAUGAAGAAAAAACUCAAAUCCUCGAGUACAGUGCGCCUGAAAGGUGGAGCAAAGCCAGGAGAGGGCCGUGUGGAGGUGCUGAAAGGCAGUGAGUGGGGGACGGUGUGUGAUGAUCGCUGGAACAUACAGUCUGCCAGCGUGGUGUGCAGAGAACUGGGCUAUGGCUCUGCUAAAGAGGCCCUUACUGGAGCUCGCAUGGGACAAGGCAUAGGUCCGAUAUACAUGAAUGAGGUCCAGUGCACAGGUCAUGAGCGUUCUUUAUGGAACUGCCUCUAUAAGAACAUUACUGAUGAAGACUGCAAGCACACAGAGGAUGCUGCAGUCCGAUGUAACAUGCCAUACAUGGGCUUUGAGAAAACGGUGCGUAUCACGGGCGGCCGUACACGCUACGAGGGUCGUGUGGAAGUGUUGCGCACCAGCGCUAAUGGAACGCAACACUGGGGUCUGAUCUGUGGAGAAGGCUGGGGUACCAAAGAGGCCAUGGUGGUGUGCAGACAGCUGGGCCUUGGAUACUCCAACCACGGCCUGCAAGAAACGUGGUACUGGGAUGGCAGUAACGUGACUAACAUGGUGAUGAGCGGUGUGAAGUGUACAGGAGACGAACUGGCCCUCAGCCAGUGCCAGCGACACAAAACCGUCACCUGCCAGAAAACAGCCACACGGUUUGCUGCAGGAGUUAUCUGCUCAGAGACUGCAUCCGACCUGGUUCUAAACGCAUCUCUGGUGCAGCAGACGGCAUAUAUCGAGGACCGUCCACUGCACAUGCUGUACUGCGCUGCAGAGGAGGACUGUCUGUCUAAAAGUGCUGCGAAAGUUAACUGGCCCUACGGCCACCGACGCCUUCUUCGAUUCUCCUCGCAGAUCCACAACAUUGGUCGUGCUGACUUCAGGCCUAAAGCUGGACGCCACUCCUGGGUCUGGCACGCAUGCCAUGGGCAUUAUCAUAGCAUGGAUAUCUUCACACACUAUGACUUGCUGAGUGUCAAUGGCUCCAAGGUGGCAGAGGGACAUAAAGCUAGCUUUUGUCUAGAAGACAGCGACUGUCAGGAGGGUGUUUCCAAGCGUUAUGAAUGUGCUAAUUUUGGAGAGCAGGGCAUCACAGUAGGAUGCUGGGAUCUGUACCGGCAUGAUAUCGACUGCCAGUGGAUUGACAUCACUGAUGUCAAACCAGGAAAUUACAUCAUGCAGGUUGUGAUAAAUCCUAAUUUCGAGGUGUCUGAGAGUGAUUACACAAAUAAUGCCAUGAAAUGCAACUGCAAAUAUGAUGGCCACAGGAUCUGGUUUCACAACUGUCAUUCCGGUGAUGCUUUCAGUGAGGAGGCAGAAAGGAAGUUUGAGAAAUACCCAGGACAGCUCAAUAAUGAGAUCUCCUAAUCCAUAUCAGCUGAUCAUCUCAUACGUUUUACCUUUUAAUUUGGACCAGCUCAUAUACAGUAUAUUACCCAGGUUACAGAGUAAGGAUCUUUCUUACUUUUUUCAUGUUCACACUCAAGGAACAGGCAAGGUCUUUCAGAAGGAAUGCCAAAGGAAAUCCCAGUAAUCACAUCCAUGGUGUUAGGAUGGCAAGGUCAUUAGUGCUGAGAGUCACAAAGGUUCAAAUCCUGAGCUUGUUAAGUAGUGCUUUAUCAAAACAAUAAUAACUCAGUUAUCAUACAUGUACCUCAUUUUUAGGUAACAACCUGGGCAUUCGUUUCUCAGAUAUAAUAAAUCACCAGAACAUAUCCAAAUCUAGUGAUUCAGAGUGUAUUCACGCCACAGGCAUAGUUUAAGUUUAUGGUGCUACGUGUUGACUGCCGAACAGUAUUUUUUUAAUAGCAUAUUACACACACAAAAAAAAAAAAUCAAACUGUGACAGUUGUCUUCUACUUGAAUAAUGUUUUUAUAUCAGGAGUAAUUCAGCUGAAACAGAUUUAUUUCAUAUGAAUGCAAGUUUCCUAUUCAUCAAAAUAUUACAUAAACGAACAGUAUCUUAGAAAAUAUUUCCCAUAAUUUCAUUCUUAUUGAGUGCCUUACUGAGACUGACCCUAUCAAAGUAAUGAAUGUUUUUUGUUUGUUUUUUUUAAACCAAGUUUUAUUAAA